CCGGUGCCGUUCAACGCCGCCUUCGUGGCGCGGUUGGUGCCGCGGCUCCGCUGGGCCGCGCUGCUUCAGGCGGCCGGAGAGCGUGAGUUUGCGGAGCUGCCCCCCGAACCCGCCCCCGACUACGAGGGGGACGAAGCCUUUCUGCGGCGGGUGCACCACGUCCUGCUGGAGGUGGAGGUGCUGGAGGGGGUCCUGCAGUGCCCGGAUUCGGGGCGUCGCUUCCCCAUCUCCCGGGGGAUCCCCAACAUGCUGCUGAGCGAGGAGGAGGCCUAAAAAAAAACGGGGGGGGGGGGGGGAGCACCCCAAAUUUGGGGGGGGGCC